AGUGCUGAAGGUUCCGCUACUGUAGAAAGACAACAUUUAUCAGCUGACACCGGCUGACACACGUAACUGGAGAUAGGGGAAACUUCAUAGUCCACGGAAAUGUGUUGAGUACUUAUGUUACGAACUGUGAACCCCAGAGCGAAGUUGAACUACCCAGAGACAUGGCAGAGGAAGAAGGGAGCGGAGAUAUUGACUGUCUGCCCAUGGAGGAUGCUAAAACAGAUGGCGAGGAAAAAACACAAAUGGUUAAUGUACUCAAAACAGUGGAUCUGGAUGCAAAGCAGCAACCAUCAAAUGAUGACGGUGAACAUUUACAUAAAAUCACCAAAGAAAUCUCUCAGAAAUCUAAUAACAUCGCAGAUUACGAUGUAGCGUCACCAGGUCAUAAGAAAACUGACCCACUCUCUGGGAAGACUUCCUGUCCAAGUGCUACAGCAGAGAAAGACCAAAACAGGAAGGAAACAACCGCUUCACAAACAUCAGACAAGAAAGACCCGACCAAAGGCACAACAGAGGAAGAAAAACGUCAGUCUCAUCUCUCUGAAAACUCGUUGACUGGCGAUCUUUUGGGUUCAGAGCCACGGGAUGCGAUUUCAGAUCAUGGGGAAAAUUUAUUUAAUACAGAUAUGAAAGCAACUCGCCAACCUCAUAUGGAAAUUCAUGGAGAUUGCAAAGGAGAGUCACUAGAACAUAAGAGGGCCGACACUAACCAUGGUCACUGUCCAAGUGAUACAGCAGAGGAAAAUCACAUCAGAAAGAAGGCUGGAGGAUCACAAGUACCAGACAAGGGAGAGAAGGACAUCGAUGGACCCAAAGCGGAGAUGAAUGAAGAAUUUUCGACCAACACAGACACAGAAAGUUGUGAUGAUGAAAAUGCCUCGGCUUUAGAAGAACCAGACAAACGGCAGACCCCACGCUCGCUACAACAACGUCCUCUACAGGAGGUGCCUGUGGUAGAGUCGAAGAGACAAACAAAUAUCGACACUCUUGGCCCAACCACUGCAGAAGCUGCUGAUUUGCCAACAUCAGAGAUUCUUACAGGAAGUAAAGGAUUUGUGAUGGCCAUGGUGGUUCUAGUGGUACUUGUUGCCAUCUUGAUGCAGCAUUUCUCCCAGCCAAAAACUCCACCUCCCAAAAACAAUCAACGGCAUAUAGACGACUUCCUGAACAAGAUGGAAAAAUUGAUGACUCAGUAUCCCAACCAGCGCUCAGAGUUCUGGGACAGGAGCAGGAUCCACCUGAAAAGGCACCUCCAGACCUCCCAGCCGACCGAGCCGGUGAGUCUGAUUCUGACUGCCGGCCUCGGCGCUGAGAGGACGCUGUGCUGCCUGGCUCAUAGUCUGUCCGACGCUUUCUCCUCUGCUAUCAACUCCUCCGUCCUCCGCAUUGAUGGAGCUAGCAAAGCCAGCCAAGACAGUGAUCAAGUCAAACUGGACAUCGACAACAAGCUCCAGGGAGCUUUUGAGGGAGACAAACACGUGGCUGUCAUCCACCGCUUUGAAGAGCUGCCCCCGGGUUCCACGCUCAUCUUUUAUCGCUACUGCGACCACGAGAACGCUGCUUACAAAAAUACUUUUUUGAUCUUUACGGUGCUGCUGGGCGAGGAGAAGGACAUCCCUGCCGAGACUCACCUGAGCAUUGUGGAGGAGAUGGUGGACGACCAUCUGCAGAAGAAGUUUCUCUCUCACGGCCACCCUGUGUCUUUUGACAGCAUGGAUCUUGAUAAAUAUGGUGGACUGUGGAGUCGUAUCUCACACCUUAUUCUGCCUGUAACAGCAGAGGGAAGAAUGGAGUGUGAUGGGUGCUAAAAGCCACAGAAGGUCUUAUUUGAGCUUUAACUCCGAGCAAUAAUCACUACAUAUCAGUCAGUAGGGGGAGUCUGCUUAUUCUGGGGCUUUUAGUUGUGGUUUAAAAAACAUUUUAGUAUCUCUCAGCAUAAAUGAACACAUCAAUAUUCAAUAAGACUUAUUGUAAAAUAACAUAUUUGUAAAAAUGAUGAAAAAACUAUUGGGCACUUUUAAGUCGUUUCAAUGGUUUGAAAAUGAAACUGGAAUUAGUUUGGAUUUUCCAGUUUGCUAAUUGUUGGGGACAACUGCCGCUGUUAUACAAGUCUUCGUCAUUCUUUGGAUAAAACACGUUUUUAGUCACCAGAACACAAGGUUUAUAUGUUAAAAGCACCAGAGACUCCAUAUGCCUUAACAUAACAUGAACAUGUAUAUAUUUUAUCUGCAUCUAUGUACAGGUUAGACUACAGAAAGAAUGUUGUUGAAUGAAACCAACUGUAUAAAUUAAACGUGCCUUAAAUUGCAAAUAAAAUUUUAAUUUUUAAGUUUA